AUGGCUGCUAUAUCUUUUCUGUGGGUUUGUAUUCUCUUCGUGCUGGGCCCCGUUGCAGCGGAUGAUACAGCUGCCGCUGCCCUGGCCGUGGAUACGGCAUUGAACCAGACGUUACUAUGGGGUCCCUAUCGUCCUAAUUUGUAUUUUGGAGUGCGCCCGCGGAUUCCAAAGAGCUUGCUUAUGGGGUUGCUCUGGGCAAAGGUCGACAAUUACCAGACAGCUCAGGAGAAUUUCAGGCAUACCUGUGAGCAGAAUGAAGGAAUGGAGGGCUAUGGUUGGGAGGAAUAUGACAUCCGAAACGGCGGCAGACAGACCAUACACGAUUCCCGCAAUACACUUGAUCUUACGAUAGACUUCGUAAAGAUCCCGGGGGGUACAGACGGCGGUAGCUGGGGUGCUCGCAUUAAGGGAGUACCUCGUCCCGAUGCACCUCCUAAUCAGCCUACAACAUUAAUAUUCUAUGCUGGGUUGGAAGGACUGGGGAAGCUGGGACUGCACAAUGAGCCCAAUGAGCUUGGAUAUGCAGGAGAUGUCAGGCUUGGGGGAAACGCAAUAGGCCUGGGUGACUUUACUAUUGAUAUCACCCGUGGUCCGGAUACCAACACUUACCCUGAGCGGAUGCACCCAAGCUAUGAUGACAAGCCGUUGGACAGAACGAUUGUUUCAAGCAUGACCGUCCCGCCAGAGGCACUUUGGCAGGGAAAGACUAUACUCUUCACGCAGAUGAAAAAAUAUAUUGAAGCUGCCGUAGAGAAGUUUGGAGAAGGGAAUGUACCUCCUCCUCCGGCAUUGCUCACCCUUACAAAUACUCAGGGCGGAGGUAACAUUCACUAUAUACAGAAAGUCUUCCGCGGAUCUUUUGAGGAUGUAUCUGCAACAUUCUCCCAAAAGUUUGAGAAUAUCUUCAAACCGCUCGCUCCGUUUAACAAGUCAGAGUACUUGCGGUUUUCAAAGGAAAUGCUCUCCAAUUUAGUAGGCGGAAUCGGCUACUUUUACGGAGAUUCAAUUGUUGACCGCAGUUAUGCUCCUGAGUACGAUGAAGAGAAUGAAGGAUUCUGGGAGGAGGCUGCCGAAGCUCGAUCCCGCGCCCAACUCACAGUCGCAGAUCCAUCUGAAUUAUUUACUUCAGUUCCUUCCCGGCCCUUCUUCCCCAGGGGGUUCCUGUGGGACGAGGGCUUCCACCUGCUGCCAAUAAUGGAGUGGGAUCUUGACCUGACUGAACUGACAAGGAACAGACUUCAAAUUGUCAAGAGUUGGCUGAGUCUCAUGGACGAGGAUGGCUGGAUUGCCAGAGAACAAAUCCUAGGACCUGAAGCUAGAAGCAAAGUUCCAAGGGAGUUCCAAAUCCAAUACCCUCACUAUGCCAACCCACCAACAUUGUUUCUUGUUCUCAGAGAAUUUAUGAACAAAGCUUCACUAGGAAAAUCUUCUGGCCCUGAUAGUUCUAACAACUCCGCUUAUUCUGACAAUAAAGAGCUUGGCAUAACAUUCCUUCGUUCAAUAUAUCCCCUACUCCGUCGCCAUUAUUUCUGGUUUAGGAAGACCCAAUGGGGCGACCUCAAAUCUUAUGAGAGAGAUUCUUUCUCUACGAAGGAAGGAUAUCGAUGGCGAGGACGUACGGUCGAGCACAUCCUCACAUCUGGCCUGGAUGACUACCCUAGACCCCAGCCGCCUCACCCUGGAGAGCUUCACGUUGAUCUCAUAAGCUGGAUGGGCAUGAUGACCCAAUCUUUGCGAGACAUUGCCGGAGCAUUAGGUGAGACAGCUGAUGUCGAGGAAUUCACCAAAUAUGAAACUGCUAUCCUUAGAAAUAUUGAUGAUCUCCAUUGGAAUAAGGACGCAAAGACAUAUUGUGAUUCCACUAUCGAUGAUUACGAAGACAGUAUUCAUGUAUGCCAUAAGGGCUAUAUCUCAAUUUUCCCUUUCAUAACUGGUCUUUUGGACGCCAACCACCCGAGACUAGGAGAUAUCUUAAAUCUCAUCCAGGAUUCAGACGAACUAUGGAGUGACUACGGCAUCCGAAGUCUGAGCAAAAAGGACGAAUUCUUCGGAACUGGCGAGAACUACUGGAAAGGCCCUAUUUGGAUCAAUAUGAAUUAUCUGGUCCUCAAAAAUCUUCUGAGUGUCGCUCAGGUUGCAGGUCCCCACCAGGAACAGGCAUCUGAGAUGUAUACGAAGCUACGCAAGAAUAUAGUAGAGAAUGUUUACAAGGAGUGGAAGAACACUGGCUUUGCCUGGGAGCAGUACAACCCCGAUACAGGCAAGGGCCAGCGAACACAGCACUUCACCGGUUGGACCAGCCUUGUGGUAAAAAUGAUGACUAUGCCCGACUUAAAUACCCAAUCCAGCGCUAAAGACGAAUUGUAA